GAGAGGAGGGAGGGACGCGGGGAGGGGGCGCGGCGCGGCUGACGCGGGCCGGGGUCGGCGCGGCUGGCUGUGGGCGGCGGCGGCGCGCAGCGACACAGCGUCGCGAGGCGAGGACGAGCGAGCGCCGCGCCCGCAUCUCCCCGCGCAGCCCGCCCCGCGCGCCCCGAGGAGCGGCCGCCGCCGAGCCUGCCGCGUCCCCUCGGCGCUCCUGCCGCUCCCGGCGCAGCCAUGGCCCCGGCCCUCUGGCCGCGCCUCAGCCGCGUCCUCUGGCUCGCCUGCCUCCUGCCCUUGGCCCCGGCUGGGGUGGCCGCAGGGCUAUAUGAACUCCGCCUCACCACUGAUGGCCCUGCCACCACAGGGGCGGAGGUGACCAUCACAGCCAGCCUGGUGGCCAAUGAAAAUGGCAGCCUGGUCCUGCCUUCCAACACCCGCGUCUACCGCUUCCACUGGAUCCAUACCCCACUGCUGCUCACGGGGAAGACUGACGAGGCUUUCAGCUCCACCAUCCACGCCGUGGGGAACGUGCCCGGGGACUUCCCUGUCUCCGUCUGGGUCACCGCUGCCGACUGCUGGAUGUGCCAGCCCGUGGCGAGGAGCCUCCUUGUCCUCCCCAUCACAGAGCUCCUCGUGGGGAACCUCGUUGUCUCCCAGAACACCUCCCUGCCCUGGCCCAGCUCUUACCUCACCAAGACAGUCCUUAAAGUUUCCUUCCUCCUCCAUGACCCGAGCAACUUCUUCAAGACCGCCUCAUUUCUCUACAACUGGGACUUCGGAGAUGGCACCCAGAUGGUGACUGAAGACGCAGUGGUCUACUACAACUAUUCGAUCAUUGGGACCUUCACCGUGAAGCUCAAGGUGGUGGCACAGUGGGAACAGGCAACGCAGGAUGCCGGGAAGGGCAUCGUGCAGAAGACAGGAGAUUUCUCUGCCUCCCUGAAGCUGCAGGAAACCCUUCGAGGCAUCCAGGUCUUGGGGCCCACCCUAAUUCAGACCUUCCAAAAGAUGACAGUGACCUUGAACUUCCUGGGGAGCCCUCCCCUGACCGUGUGCUGGCGUCUCAAGCCCGAGUGCCUCCCGCUGGAAGAAGGGGAAUGCCACCCGGUGUCCGUGGCCAGCACGGCCUACAACCUGACCCACACCUUCAGGGAUCCCGGGGACUACUGCUUCAGCAUCCGGGCCGAGAAUGUCAUCAGCAAGACGCAUCAGUACCACAGGAUCCAGGUGUGGCCUUCCAGCAUCCAGCCGGCUGUCUUUGCUUUCCCGUGCGCCACACUUAUCACCAUGAUGCUGGCCUUCAUCAUGUACAUGACCUUGCGGAAUGCCGCUCAUCAGAAGGACAUGGUGGAGGUGGCUGAUUUUGACUUUUCCCCCAUGUCUGACAAGAACCCGGAGCCGCCUGCUGGGGUCAGGUGCUGCUGCCAGAUGUGCUGUGGGCCCUUCCUGCUGGAGACUCCAUCUGAGUACCUGGAAGUUGUCCGCGAGAACCAUGGGCUCCUGCCGCCCCUCUACAAAUCCGUCAAAACUUACACUGUGUGAGCAGCCCCCAGUCCCGUCUCAGCGCUAACUGACUGCCCGCUGGGCGCUUCAGACAGGGUGGCGUGUGCCACCGAGGAGAGGGGUUCAUGUGUGCGGGGCUGUCCAUCCUGCUGGCCAUCCAUCCGUAGUUCCAGCUGCCGCCAUGGGCCCCCCCCACCUCAGCCCCACACCCCUGCCAUCAGCCCAUCUGUACAGUCCAGCCUCUGCUGUAAGCCCCUCUCAGUCAGCCCCACCCCACCCCCUUGCCUUUGAAGAUCCCCAAGCAGGACCCCCAACACUCGACGGGGUCCCUCCUCUCUCCCAGGCGUGCCUGGCUGCCCCUCACCCAUCCUUCCCAUGUCGGCACUUUGGCUGUCCGUCUGCGGUUCGGGCUUCCCUCCCCCAGAUGGCCCUGCCCAGGUCAGAGAACCAGGUGGAUGGUCACCAAUGGUUAAGGCUAUGUCACAAAAGGUCGUAUGUACGGAGACAAGUGCAUGCGUGCACACACACACACACACACACACACACACACAACAUGCAUCACACAGGCAUCUCAGAUGAUUUCCUCUGUAUCAGUUAAUGUUCUCUGGGUCCUGAAUUCGAACCAAAAUGACAUCUGACUUUUUCCAUUUGGCCCCCACAGCUCCUCAUCCCGGUCCCUCCCUUUGUGCACUGUCCCUGUGGCUCCCGGGUCCCAUUUCCUGCCUGCUUGCUGUUGGGUUGGGUGCGGGCAGGGCUAACGCUUGGUGAGUGCGAAGUGCUUUCAAAAUAGCGCCUUCAUCCAGUGAGGAAGAGGCCUCACAGCAAAGGAGGAGCACGCUGGUGGGGACGUGGGUUCACUGUGGGAGACGGUGUUCUUGCGUGGCCUUGGGAAGGAGGAGGCAGGACUGGAGGGAGCCCGAGGGGGCUGGGCAGUGGCCCGCGGAGGGAGAGCACGAGGAGAGGGCAGGUGCAGUUGUAGAGAGAGGCUGCAAUGAGGCCCCAGCACAGCCGCGCAGGAGCCUGGAGUAAGUGGGCCCUGUAUGGGGCAGGGCCAGGGCUGCAGGGGCAAAACCCCGUUGCCGUAAUCUUUGCUGUCAGACUUUGUGCAGACAACAGCACUCCUGCUGUUUCCAGCUCAUUCUCAUGAAAUACUGCCAUUAUUGCUGAAUAAAGCUUGUGUGUUCUCAAAUAGCCAAGCAUA